AUGCAACGCUGGCUUCAGCAUGGGAGCGAUGUGAACAACUUGGGGCCACUUUAUGAUUGCAGCCGUUUCAAUCUGACGAAAAGCCAAUGGUUAUCUGUGGGUAAUCGAGAGCCAAUUCUUGGAUGGGGAUCACUUAUUUAUGGAAUACUCAUUGAGAUUAUUUAUGUUCCAUGUCUAUUUGCGAUUACAAAACCAGAAUUCAUCAAACAUUCCUGUUAUAAGAUAAUGCUUUUUAUUGGACUGAAUGAUAUGGUGGCGAUUACAGUGAAUUCAAUAAUCACUGGAUAUGGACUAAUCAUUGGAACAGUCUACUGUGUCGACCCAAAUUUUCAGUACAUUUCGGGAGCGGUCGGAUUGGCAACAUGGUGUAGUGCCUGCCUGGCUUGUUUGAUCUUGGUAUUCAAUCGUGUUUGUGCUUUAUGGAGACCAAGUGUUGUAGAAGAUCUUUUUGGGGGUCAUAAAGCUUACAUCGUCAUGUUGAUUCCUUUCUUUUAUUGUUUUUGGUUCAUUUUCUUCACUCCUCCAAUUAUGUUCAAUUCACCGAUGAAAGGAUGGUUUCUCUAUCCAUUUUUCGAGAAUGCACAGAAAUUUUUUACUGUCGACCAAUGGAAAAAUCUUCACGUCAUUCAAGAUAUGACUCCGUAUGCAAAUUUCGGAAUGAUCGCCAACAAUCUUUUUGUCGUUUUUGCUUCCGUUAUCAUGUAUUUGGUCUUUUGUCUGAUUUUGAUGAUUAAAUUCUACAGUAAGACAUCGAAAAAGAUGACUUUUGCUCAGAAAUCGAUUUUCUAUCAAAGUGCGAUGAUCUCGGCCGCAAAUCUUUACACAGCUUUAAUCUACACAUACAUGCAAUUCUAUCCGCAAAUGGUCGCUCCAUGGAUGAUCUUUAUCGGACAUGCUGGAUGCAUGUUUUCACAUGGUAUUUUACUU